UUUGCUAGAUUGCUCGCGAAUGUCCGGAGGCAUCCUAAGUUGGUAGUUUGCAACUAACGUCUAUAGAAAAAGACGCGAUUCGGUACAUGAUUAGCACGCAAUCCAUUGGAGAUGAAAGUUCGCCUCGCGCAAGUUGUGACCCCCUUCUUGUAUUCGUAUCCUGAUCCCUCUUGCUCUGAGUGCCUGAUUAGCGCUUUGUAUCUACGUCCUUUUGCGUAAUGCGGACCCAACAAGUGUCGGCAGAUGCGGCACUGCCACAUAUGCCCGAGGCCCGUCAGGUCAUUGACCGGUAUAACCCCUGCCUGAUUGACCGGUGUCCUUACUAUUAGUAAUUCUCCUUGUCGACGUACAUGGCUACUGCGUUUGCGAGGGUGUACUGUGAAGAUAUUGAGAAGGAACAUUAUUCCGACUAUGCUACAACUGUCAAGCCCGACAUUGAUUUAUCUCAUCACCUUUCGCAACUGUCUAAGCGACGUCCUGCAUCGACGCUCAAGAGCCUUUUCAAAUGGCUGGACGACCCUGAAAUGAUAUCUUUCGCAGGAGGAAUGCCUCCGCCUGAGUACUUUCCGUUUGACUCGAUUUCAGCAGACGCGUUGGUCCCAGAAUCUUUGGGCGGACCGUCUCCCACAUCAUAUACACAAGCCGCGCUUUCGUCUUCAUGCAAGGAUCAUGUUGAUACUACCAAUCAACAAGACACUUUUGGGCCGGUGUCGUGGCUCUGGGGUUGGCUGUUCGCGAGCACCGAACACACGCCUCGCACGCGGCCCUUCACAAUACCCAAAUUUUCACCGGAUCCCAAGUCGCCAACCGCCAUACAAUUAAGUACUUCUCUUCAGUAUGGCACUGCUCAAGGUCACCCUGCCCUGGUUGAAUUUAUCACUUAUUUCACGCGUAAAGUGUACCAGCCCCUGAACGCAGAUUCUGCGGUCCUUCUCCACGUUGGCAACACCGAUGGUUGGGUAAAAGUCGUGCAGACCUUCUGUGAAUUCGGCGAUUAUUUCUUGACCGAAGACUGGGCAUACACUUCCGCCCUAUCGGCGGCAGCACCAUAUGGCGUAAAACCCGUUGGUGUAGCCAUGGACGGACAGGGACUCCGCGCCGAUGCACUCGAAGAAGUUCUUGAGCACUGGAACCCUGCUCUCAGAGGAGGGGCGAGGCCUCAUGUUCUCUACACGGUCCCAGUUGGUCAGAAUCCAUGUGGCACGACUAUGGGUGCCAAGCGCAAGAAGGCGAUCUACGAGGUUUGCGUUAAAUAUGAUGUCAUCAUUGUGGAGGAUGAUCCCUACUUCUUCCUACAAGUCGGGGAGUACGUUGCGCCCAGUUUUCGCCCACAUUCAUCAUCCUCUGCCAUAAGCGGAGAUGACGAGUUGAGGUUUAUCGACAGCCUGGAGCCCAGUUUUUUGAGGUUCGAUUACCAAGGAAGAGUCAUACGCAUGGACACGUUCUCAAAGACCAUUGCACCAGGAUGUCGCCUCGGCUGGUUUACCACGAACUCUCUCUUCGCUGAGAGACUGGAACGCCAAUCCGAAACUACGACCCAAGCGCCAAGUGGCUUCGUUCAGGCGCUGGUAGCCCAACUCCUUGUUCACCAAUGGAAAUACCCUGGGUAUAUUCGCUGGUUACAGGGUAUCCGAGUGGCGUACACUCAGCGACGAGACACUAUAAUUGAUGUACUUGGUGAAAUCUUCGACCUCAAGGAGGAAGAAACCGAUGACACCAAAGGAAGGAUUUUACCGCUCAGUGGGGAUGUCAAGGUUUUCGUAGCUCGGAACAGGUCUCAGAGUGUGAACGAGAAGAAGGGAAAUAUAUUAUUCAGUUUCGUAGUACCAACUGCGGGGAUGUUUUUAUGGCUGAAACUUCAUAUGUACAACCAUAAAUCGUAUUCGCCCACUGCUCCUCCACCGAAGACACCGGAUGAUGCGCUCGAGGCCCAGUUCUGGACGGAGCUUGCGGAGGAUCACGUUCUCUUUGCCCCCGGCUGGAUAUUUGGUACUGAUGACGACGCUAGACUUAUAUCUGCGGAAGCAGUGUCACCGGACACUGGGGCCCUAAUCCAAGUUGGCAUGGGUGAGAAGUAUUGGACCACGAUGAGUGAGCAUGGGAAGUAUGGCCAUUUGCGAAUGAGCUACUCCAUGGCAACGGUGAGUUUCCGGUCUCUAAAUAUUGAUCGAAGGCGACGUUUAUAAAUUUGAGUCGACAGGUUGAGGAGUUACGUCUCGGGAUAACCCGCUUUGCGAACGUCCUUAGGAAGCGAUUCUACCUUUAAACUCUUAAUCCCUAUAGAUGUUCAUACUGUAUAUAAUCCCG